AUGGCCGCCAGUAUAACACACACAUGAUUGUGACAGCGGAUGGAACAGACAAUUUUGAACUACAUCGGUGUAGCUCGGACCUGGUCAGCACACCAUUGUGACGAUACUAAAGAUAUGGAUAGAUUUGCAGAACUCUCAGGAAGAUGACAUCAAACUUGGAAGAGGCCAUUCAGACGGCUGAGGCCAUUUUACAUCAUGCGGAACACAAGCCUACAAAGCCCAGGACUAUAGGAAACAGCAAAUGGAAGUCAUUGCAUCACAGACUUCAUGAGUUGUACUCAGAAGAAUGCGGUAAACCUCCUAGCAAUAAGCAUCUCAAGACAGGGGUUCAUCUUUUGGACAAGUUAGCCAAGAGAGAAAAACUAACAUGUCUUAUAGUGAGUCUUGGUAGUCAGGGCUACUCCUUGAUGCUGCGUGGAGAAAAUGGUGCAGAAACAGAAACAAUGAGACUUCCUUAUGAGGAAUCAGAGCUUUUAGAAUAUCUGGAUGCAGAAGAGCUUCCACCAGUUCUGGUAGAUCUGUUGGAGAAAUCCCAAUCCAAUAUCUUCUACAACGGCUGCGUCAUAACUGAAGUGCGUGAUUACAGGCAAUCUGGUAACGGACAUAACUACACCACACGCUAUGUGCUGCUCAGACCAACCGCACAGACUCUCCUGUGUGACAUAAAUUCUAUUUCAAAUGAUGGCAACAGGUUUACAAAUGAUGAGAAACUUCAUCUUGAGAGCCAGUUACUCCUGGCAACCCAAGAGCCUCUAUGCCUUGAUCCAUCACCAGCUGUAACAUGUCUAGAGAAUAAGAUACAUCAGGACAGACAUAGAUUGAAUGGGAGAGCGCUCAAAAGAUGUAUGAAGCGGCAUUCCCACAUCAUGAGGGCUCGGCGAGCUGCUCUGAAGACUCUAGCUCCUCCUAAGGAACUUGGCUUACAAGACUUCCUCUGUAAAAGGAAAGACAGGACGCCUGCGGUGCCUGUCAACUUAAAACUCGGCAAAACGUGUGUUGAUAUGUGGAAGCAGAGAGAGACUGACUAUCCUCCUGCAGAUAUCAGCUUGGUUGAACAGCUUUCAAGUUGCCAAGAAAGACCAAGGCCAAGUAGCAACUCAUUGGUGGCAACUGUGGAGGAGAUUCUAGAAACUGAUAGGGGGAAUGGUAAGGUGCAUUAUGCUCGGGUGUCUAUCUACCAGCAUCAGCUGGAUCAGAGCUAUGUAGGAGAACUUUAUUAUGAUAGAGACUACAACGUACAUGAAGGCAAGAGACCGGGUGUCACGUGCAGGUUCCCACUUGGCUCUUUCAAGAACGCUGAAAUGUAUUUGCACCAAUUUCGAGAUCUCUUCACUGAAGAAGGUCGAAGGCAGGUGAAGAUCACUAGGAUUGUACCCGGACAAAAUGCCUACAGUAACAAUGCUGCAGCUUCAACAGCAGCAGCGACAGCCUCCCAUGGUUCAGCAGGUGCUGCUGCGGGUAACAGCAACACCUCCGUACAGACCUCACUGCAGCAGAAUAAUAGUAAUAAUCAAGUUGGACAAGUUGCUGCACAGGUUGCUGCGCAUGUUGCUGCACAGACUCCUAGCCAGGCUGCUGGUAUUGUUAUCAAGGCAGAGCCAGGGCUGUCGGAUAGCUCAGCACUCAGACUGUCUUUGUUAAAUAACUCAGGAGGCCUUUCCAGUCCUGCAACUUCAUUAUCAGCCCAUUUGUUUCAAGGUAACACCAUUACCCUGGGUGCAGCUCCACAGCAGUCCACUCAACCAUCUGUGCCUAUCCUUAGUCCACCAAUCACUGCUGGACGACACAAAGGCAGACAACCACCUGCAUAUCUAAAUCUAUCAAGAGCAAGUAGUGCCCCUCCAGAUUCUGGUUUAAUGAUGACUUCACCCCAAGGAACCCCAACAUCUCUUCCUGUUUCUUCGCCAUUAUCUGGUUCAAUGGCUCCACCUCCUACACCACCACCUCCGUCAUCCACUCCAUCCUUCAUCCCCGCCCCGCCCUCUCCAAGUGUACACCCCAACCCGGGGCGUGUCAUCACCCCAACCCUGGAGGGUGUGGCCGGGAGGGUGGCCACACCUACUGGGAUUGCAAGCGGCCAAAUGCCACACAGUGUAGCUGUAACCAUAACUAUGGCCGGUGGUGGUAGUAUUGCAGUGCCUGUAUCGAUGGGUUUGGUUGGACAUUCUCGAACAGGUAUUGUUCAGACAGGGGGCAACCUCAUUAGUUCUCCCAUUAGCGUGAUGACGAGUCUGCCAGCUGGGUUUCCAACGGACUUGAACUCAAUAACCACAACGACCUCGACCACACCUCCAAGUACAACCACAGCUUCAACACCCACCUCUUCCCCUACACAGGGUAACAUUAUAUCCACACCUGCCGGGCUCCUGACGGGUCCCAUCAACAUCAUCAACGCAGCCCACGGAGGGUUGUUGAGUACCGGGGCGGUCAGCUUAUCUGGUGGGGCACAACUCGCUGCUGCUACAGGAAUUACAUCAGCACGGCUCUCACAGCUUGCCUUGAAGGGACACGGUGGAAUCAGAGCACAAGGGCCACUCUCGUUACUUCCGCAGGGGCAGCAGACUAUUCUUUACAAUGCCACUCUGCAGCAACGAAUACAGCAGCAACUACAGCAGCAGUACCAGCAACACCUUCAGCAACAGCAGCAGUCAACAUCAGCAGCAGCCCAAGCCCAACGGCAAGGCCUAGCAGGCACCAGUGGUGGGCAGCAAACAAGUAGCAAUGUGGUAGGCAAGAACACCAUUAGUGCAACCCUUGGGUCAUCACAAACGGCUGCUGUCCUGUCACAACUCACAGCCAUUCAGGCUAGCCAACUGACCCCUGCCCACCAACAAGCUCUCCAUGCACAGCAGCUACAAGCCCAGCUUGCCUACCAGAAACAGCAGCAGCUGCAGCUAAAACAACAGCAGCAGCAAGCACUCCAACAACACGCUAGCAGCAAGGGAAAGAGCAAAAAGCGUACCACACCAACUCCACCAAAGUAACGAUGUAGUCAUCAUGUACUACCGUUAGGGACAAACUGCAUCCUUGAAACUUUUCCUGUGACUUUAAAUGAUUGUGCUGUUUCAUCAAACAUUUGGUACUGAAUUUGGAUAAUUCUAUUUUCCUAAUAAAAAAAAAGGUGAAUUAAAAUAAGACAUUCACGGACAAUAUUUGGUGGCAUUAUUUGACCAACUGUUCAUGCGGUGUCACCAAUUUGUGUUGAAAAUUUCAGCAAUCAAAUCCCCCCAUACCAGCUGGGUUUGUAUAACUACUCAAUGCUAUAUUGAAGAUGAAUCUUAGUUUUUAUUUAUUGACGCCUUGCAUGCAUGUUGAACACAGCAACGAUACCACGCUCGCCAUUUUUUGGCAGUCAACAGGUAGGUGUGUUAAUGCCACAUUGCCGAUAGGCUAUGCGCACUACACUUUAAUAUGUACACAUAUGACAUUUACUCCUAAAAUGGCGCAACCAAGAUUAUUGUGUAGAUGACAUCAAUUGAACAGGGUCAAAUAUUGCGGUCAAGUCAACGAUCAAAGGGGGAAUACAUUCCCUUCAAUAUUUGUUAUUGAAAGUUUGUGCAGCAUUUAUUGUUAUAAUCAAUCAACUCAUUUUCAGGGCCAUGCAAGAAGUCGGUCAAAUGCCUACUUCGGACCUGUAUCUACUUAAAACAAAACCUAUACAUUGUGUCUUUUAAAAUCUAAAGAUAGUGAACAACAAUUACCAAGUUCCACACAAAUGGAGUAGAUUUUACUUCAUCAAUGCCAAAACGAAUCAAGACAAAGUUGCAACCCUACCCUGAAAAUCCCACGACCAAAUUGUCAAAUUAGAACUGUAAAUAUUUAUAAUCAAAAAGUAAGUUAAUACCACAGAAAGAAGACCAACGAAUCUUUGUUCCUUUUUAGCAAGAGGUUCUUGAUACACAAAAGGUGCAAUUGGCCCACAAAAGAACCUUAAAAUUUUUUACAUUGUGAAGACAGAAACGAGGUAGACGAUAUGCAAUGUGCAUUAAGUACCUUUUUUACGUGUAGCAUAUUUUAUUUUUUUCUUCUAGAGAACAUUGUUAUUCUAGUAGUAUUUUUCUUAGAACUAAUAUGCACUAUUAUAUACGUCAAUGUGUUUAUUAUUGUAGAUGCAGAUUGAAUUUAUUAAUAAUCAUGACACUCAGUGAAAUAUGUUGUAAUAAGGACAAACAUUUUAUAGCAAUUUUUAACAUUUGUUUAAAAAAAAAACAGACGUAGAUUCAAGAAAGAAUCAAUAAUGAAAGUGUUAGUACACAGUGUCUUUGUUGGAUGAAAUCAGUGGACUUUAAGAGCUUUGUUACAAAUUGAGGGGCUUAGAACAGUUUAAGAAGUCUGGGAUGUUCGUAUAAAGCCAUGUAUUUAAGGUGUGCUUUUCAAAAAUACUGAUGGAGCCGAAACAAGGGUCAAAGCUGUUAUGAAAAGGUCAAUUUCACUGAAAUACCGCCUUGUUUCACUGGCUGAUCGGGGCCCAAUGUCAUGGCUCUGCUUACCGCUGAAGUCUGUGCUUGCAAUCAGCAUUUUGCUUGCACGGCAAACACUGAAUUUUGAUUUUCUGCAGUAGCUGUUCAGGCAAAGAAUGCCUAGCACGUGAAGUGCGCAGCCAAAAUUCCCUGCUAAUCCUAGAAAUACGCUUGACGUAAGCGCAUAAUUCCCUGCUCUGCAAGCGCCGAUUCUUUGCUCAUGGUAAGCAGAGCCAUGACAUUGGGCCCUGGUUACUUCAAAAAGGAUUUCGGAUAGUUUCUUUAUGUUAACACAAAGUUUUGAGAGCACUGGUUUUUCGUAGUCUAGAUUUCAAUUAACAUGACGUUUUGUUUGGGAAUUUUGAUGCAUUUUCAAGCAAGUGUAAGUUGAACUUCCUAGCUAUCAAUGGCUCAGGUCUAGAGAUAACCUCUUUCUGCUUGCACGCAAAACUUCUCAUUGAAAUCUAUACUUGAAAAGUCGUUUAUUGUUUGUUAUAGUGAUAACAAUAAGGCUCUCUCACAACUAUUCUCUUGUGUAGAAUUUGAAACUUUGCAUAGUGGAAGUGUUGGUUGUGAAAAGAACCCGUUCUAAACAGAACCUGUGGCUAACGACCGUGGUUUCAAUCAGUACGCUCCUGAAAACAAUCAGAGCAUACUGAUCGAAACAUUGAGUCAACCAUCGGUUCUGUUUCAGUACAAACACCACUCAAAGAGAUAUACUCAUAAUGGUAUUAUCGCAAACCUCUCUCAGUUAAACUCUUGGGAGUCUACUGCUCGGUGCGAGACAACUGCUCUCAUGACUACGGCCCCGUUAAUCUGGCAAGUAGUCAAGAGCCAGCAAUGUCAUGGAGAGCAGUAUAAUAACGUGAGAUCAUGCAAAGCGACAAACAUUUGACGACUUUCAUACAAGUCUAUGGCUCGGGCUAUUUUCUUUUUACUUGAAAUGACGACAUCUAGACACUUGCGAUCCAACAAAAACAUUGCGUACAUUCUAUACUGUUGCUUUUUAUAUUUGUAUGCGUCAGGAUACAUUGAUAUGAGUGGAUGACUAAAUAAAAUGAUUUUAAACGCCA